CAGCCCACAGGUCUCCAGAACGUGGUGUUGGCAUGACUAAAGGACUUUGCUGUGCAAGUUUCGCUGGAGUCAGCAGCUGGUGUUUUGGAGCACGCUGAAAUUAGGUGCCAUCGAGUCUAUCAGGCCGAUGACCUUUCAUCUGGUGGCACAUCGUGCGAGGAGACCGUCGCCAAGAGCGGCUCUGCAGGAUGGACAACCCAACCAGGGGUGUUUGGAAUUACAUCCCCACAGAAAUCUUGUCCCAUAUAUUUUCCUUCCUGUCUGUGAGAGACAGGCAAGUGGUCUCCCUUGUGUGCAGGGCCUGGGCUGAGGCGGCUUCUGCCGGUGCUGUCUGGAAUUUUACUGAGAUCAGUUGCGACUUCGAUGAUAAGGACAACCACAAUGCCAUGUUGCUGAACUUGCAGCCGUUCUUGAGCUACAUCAAAUACCUGAAGAUCAUCUUCGAUCAUACACUGGAGUUUAACCGGGGGUUUGUCACCACCGUCCUGGACAUGGUGGCUUGGAAGAACUCCAAGCUGCAGGCGCUGAGUAUCGUGUGCCACGGGAAAAGCCCUUUCUUCUGCUCGGGCCAGGAUAUCCUACAGAGCAUCCUGGGCCUCUGCCAGUGCUCCAACAAAAUCGACCUCCGGUAUAUCGACUUGCAGCAGAUGCCGUUCACGCUGGACAGCAGAAUCAUCACCAUGAUUGCCCGCAGCUGCCCCAACCUGCACACCCUGCUGAUCAACAACCACGCGCCCGGCAUCAUCAUCCUGCGGGCCGAGACGAUCGUCGAGGUUCUGAGGGUCUGUCCAAAGCUCUCGACUUUAGGGAUCUAUUACGCAAGCCUCUCCAAGGACAUGUUCCAGGAGCUGGGGAAGCCCAGCAGAGAACCCUUCAAGUCCCUGCGCCUCUUCUAUGAAGGCCUGGACAACGAUAUCCCCGAAGAACUCUGGGUCCGGCUGAGCGAGAGGCACCCCCAGUUGCGGGUGGAGCUGGAAUUUGCUCCGACGGUCUCUACCAGAAAGAUGCCCCACAUUCUACAGCCCAGCAUCCCCAUCUCCACCCUGCGGUUUAAUACCUUUACGCACACGGCGGACCUGGUGCGGCUGGUGACCAGCCACUACCACCGCACCUUAGAGAAGCUGGUCCUUUACACGGCCCCGUCCGCGGACCUCAAUUUCUCCCUGGUCGAGAUGGCCGCGAAGUGCGUGCACCUGAAGGAGGUCCACUGCAGCUGCGUGGUUAGCCAGGCUGUGAUUGACGCCUUCCUCCUGCACUGCCCUCGCUUGAAAAGGUACGCACUCUCCACAGUGUUGUUCUUCUGUGAGUUUCCAGUGACCAUGUCUUGA